AUGGGCAGGCGUGGUCUGGAGGUGGUACUGCUAAACGUCGCCUGUGCAUUUUUAUCCUGCCAUGCUGAUGUGGGGAAUUAUGAGAUGGAGCUCAAAUCAACCCCACAAUCUACUUCGUUCCUACAGAGAACUACUUCUGCUCAGUCAGUUUCCCCAUAUCAGAUAACUUCUUCCAGCCAUGUAGUCACCACGCUUUUCUCCAGCAGGACAAGUAAUAUUAUAACCACCUCAUUAAGCCAAAGAACAUCUGCACUCACUGCCACCCAAACAACAAACCAUCAUCCGGUAACAACAGCAUUGGCCCCUAACAUGACAACGCAAGCAAGAGAAAACAACACCCAGCUGACCAGCAAGACGACCCAUCUAAUAUUAACAACUACAAUAGCAGGUAAGAAAACAACUGCAAAGCCCCCACUGCCGACCAAUGAAACGACAACCCAUGUAAGAGUAACAACUACAGCACAAACAUCUAACAAGACAACCAUCCAGAGAACUGAGAAAACCACACUGCCAACGAACCAAACAACCCAUUCAAGGGUAGCAACUACAACUGCAACGCCUACAUCACCAACCAAUCAAACUACAACCCUUGCAGUAACAACUACAGCAACAACCAAGAAGACAGCUGUAAAGACCACCACACAGCCAACUAAACAAACAACUCAUACAGCAGCAAAAACUACAGCCAGAACCAACAUGACAACCCUUCCUCCAGGGAAUCAAACAACGAGACCUGCUACGACAGCCACCGUGGGGCCCACCGUCGCACCUGAUCCAUCAUCACCCACUACUGGAGCCUACAACGUUUCCAAUGGAAGUGUGAACUGCAUUAAAGCAUCAAUGGGAUUGGAGCUGAUUGUUCAAAACUCUAAGACGCAGAAGAAGGGAUACUUCAAUAUUGAUCCCAGUAUCACACAAACAUCUGGAAGCUGUGGAAAUCUGCAAUCAAAUCUGAACUUAACUUUUAAUGGCGGCUUUAUAAGCUUUACCUUUGUAAAGAAAGAUAGAGUCUAUUACAUCAGUACAGUUGAGGCCAGCUUAAAGAUACCCUCCGUGGGUUCAUGGCACAGUGUUACAAGCAAGCAGCUGUUUACAGCUACGAUGGGGAAUUCAUUUAAGUGUCUCAGCAAACAGAUGGUGAACCUGGCAGACAACUUCCAGCUGCUCACUGUUAACACCCAACUCCAAGCCUUUGCCAUUGUUGGUGACCAGUUUGGGAAAGAGGAAGAAUGCUCUCUUGACAGAAACAGGAGAACAAUCCCUAUUGCAUUGGGCCUGAGCACCCUGGGAUUGUCUGUUAUUGUGCUUGUCUUGGGGCUAAUUUCGAGAAGAAAGCCAAAUAGAGGAUAUGAACGCAUCUGA